ACCAGAAUCUGUUAAAGCUCUCUUUAGACCAGUUGUUGUCAUUGUACCUGACUUACAGCAAAUCUGUGAAAUCAUGUUAUUUUCACAAGGAUUUUUAUCAGCCAAAGUGUUGGCUAAAAAAUGACCACAUUGUAUCGUUUAGCCCGUGAACAAUUAUCAAAACAACAUCAUUAUGAUUUUGGUUUAAGAGCAUUGAAAUCAGUUUUAGUGAUGGCUGGUGAUUUAAGACGUGAUGCACCAGAUCUAAACGAAGAAAUGGUAUUAAUGCGUGCUCUAAGAGAUAUGAAUUUACCGAAGUUUAUUUUUGAAGAUGCACCCUUAUUUUUAGCUUUGAUUCAAGAUCUUUUUCCAGGACUAAACUGUCCACGUGUACGUUAUUCAGAUUUGAAUGACGCAGUUGAGUUUUGUUUAAAUAAAAAAGGUUUUACGGAAAAUCCUAUACAAUCAGAUAAAGUUAUACAGUUAUAUGAAACAAUGAAAACACGGCAUACAACAAUGGUUGUUGGACCAACUGGUGGUGGUAAGACUGUGGUUAUUAAUGCUUUAUGCGAUGCCCAAACAUAUAUGGGAUUACCAACUAAAUUGUAUGUGUUAAAUCCAAAAGAUCGAAGUGUAAUUGAAUUAUAUGGUAUAUUGGAUCCUAAUAGUCGAGAUUGGACUGAUGGUUUAUUAUCAAAUAUAUUUCGAGAAAUAAAUCGUCCAACAGACAAGCAGGAAAGAAGAUAUAUCCUAUUUGAUGGUGAUGUUGAUGCAUUGUGGGUUGAAAACAUGAACUCCGUAAUGGAUGAUAAUCGCCUGUUAACUUUAGCUAACGGUGAACGAAUUCGACUACAAUCUCACUGUGCAAUGCUAUUUGAGGUUGGUGAUUUACAGUAUGCUUCUCCGGCAACCGUUUCACGUUGUGGUAUGGUUUACAUAGACCCAAAAUAUUUAGGAUACGAACCUUACUGGAAGAAAUGGCUAAGUCAGCGUUUAACACAAUAUGAGAAAACUACACUAGAUGAAUUGUACGAUAAGUAUAUACCAUCUAUUAUAGAUAGAAUUGUUGAAGGUAUUGCAGACGGUGAACAAGUAGAACGCUUGAAACGUGUCAUCCCUUUGACAGAUCUUAACUUAUUAGUACAAUUCUGUGCACUGCUCGAUUGCCUGCUCAUCAAUAUCAAUGAAGAAACAGAAUACACCUUAGUUGAAAGUAUUUUUUUGUUCAGUAUCUACUUUUGCAUUGGUGGGACAUUAGUUGAAGAAGAACGUGAAAAAUUUGACAAUUAUGUAAAAUAUUUGGCUAGUCUACCUGGACCAUCUGUGGAUGAAACACCAAACACUCCAGCUCCUGCUGGAACAAUACCCAGCGCUGAAUCAACUCUUUUUGACUAUUAUUUUGAUGCGGUAAAAAAGGUCUGGAUACCAUGGCGUCAGCUAGUCCCUGCCUACAUACAUAACAAAUCACUUAAAUUCUCUGAAAUUUUAGUACCAACUGUUGAAACUGUUCGAACUACCUGGCUUAUUGAAAAAUUAGUGAAAAUCCAUCGGCCAUUAUUAUUGGUUGGUGAAACUGGGACAUCAAAAACAGCAAUAUGUCAACGAUUUCUACGAGAUAUUGAUCAAGAUAGUAAUCUUGUUUUGAUAAUCAACUUUUCAUUCCGAACUACAUCAUUGGAUGUUCAAAGAAAUCUUGAAGCUAACGUCGAGAAGCGAAGUAAAGAUACUUAUGGUCCAGUAUCUGGUAAACAAUUGAUAAUUUUUAUUGAUGACAUGAAUAUGCCACAGGUUGAUCAAUAUGGUACACAACAACCUAUUGCUCUGCUGAAGUUAUUAAUUGAACGUAAAGGUGUAUAUGAUCGUGGUAAAGAUUUGAAUUGGAAACGUAUGCAGUCAAUAGAUUAUUUGGCAUCAAUGGGUCGUCCAGAUGGUGGUAAACAAGAUGUAGAUCCAAGAUUUAUUUCCUUGUUUUCUGUGAUUAAUAUACCGUCACCAUCUGAGAGUACACUGUAUAAAAUCUACAAUUCUAUAUUAUCGGGACAUGCAAGUGAAUUUGAUAGCGGAAUUAAAAACUCUGUUGAUUGUGUCACAAAUAUGACACUGAAAUUAUUCCAAUACGUUAGUGUUCAGCUUCCACCAACACCAUCAAGAUUUCAUUAUGUAUUCAAUAUGCGUGAUCAUAGUAGAAUAUUUAAUGGAUUAUGUUGUAUGACAGUAGAUAGAUUUAGUCGUAGAGAGCAAUUUAUUCGUCUAUGGCUACAUGAAGUUUAUCGUGUCGUGAUGGAUCGUUUAAUAUGUCAUGCUGACGUACAGAUAGUUGAAAAACACGUGGAUGAAUUAUUAGAAGACAAUUGUAAAGAUAUUAAAGAAUAUGUAAACACAAUGCCUAUAUUGUUUGGUGACUAUCGUACUGCAAUGGAUGAAACGGAAGUUCGUUUAUAUGAAGAUAUGGUUGACUAUGAUAAUUGUCGAAAUAUAGCUCAAGAGAUACUAGAAAAUUAUAAUGAAGGAGUUGGUCAAUUACAAAUGAUCUUAUUCAACGACGCGAUCGAACAUUUAACCCGCAUUGAACGUGUACUAAGAAUGGAGAAUGGACAUGCACUUUUAGUUGGUGUUGGUGGAUCAGGUAAACAAAGUCUCACUCGUCUAGCAACAUAUGCCGCCAAUAGUCAUCUGUUUGAAAUUCAACUUUGUCGAGGUUAUGGUGAACGUGAAUUUCGUGAAGAAUUAAAAGCACUCUACCUAAGGUUAGGAACAGAAAAUAAAUCUACAGUUUUCAUGUUCACAGAUCAGCAUGUUGUUGAGGAAGGUUUUCUGGAGUUGAUUAAUAAUAUGCUAACAACUGGCUCAGUUCCUGCCUUGUUUGCUGAUGAUGAACGAGAGUCUAUAACAGGCCAGUUAAGGGAUGAAUCUGUUGCUGCUGGAUUUGCACCAACUCGUGAAUCUAUCUGGCAGUAUUUUAUACAAAGAUGUGCAUCAAAUUUACACAUUAUCCUGUGUAUGAGUCCCGUUGGUGAUACAUUACGAACACGGUGUCGUAAUUUCCCUGGUGUUGUUAAUAAUACAACUAUUGAUUGGUUUUUCCCUUGGCCUGAACAAGCUCUUUAUGCUGUAGUCAAUGUACUCAUACCGGAACAAUUCACUCUUGUACCUCAACAACAUCGUAGUUCUGUAAUCGAUCAUAUUGUUGCUUCACAUCAAAGUGUACAUGGAUAUACACAAGAAUUUGCUCAAACUCUUAGACGAGUCAAUCAUGUUACGCCAAAACAUUAUUUAGAUUUUAUCAACACUUAUAAAAGAUUACUAACACAGAAAGACGCUGAAAAUGAAAAGCAAAUUAAUCGUUUACAAAGUGGUUUACAGAAAUUAGCAGAAGCAUCUGUACAAUUGGAAGAGUUGAAUGCGAAAUUAGCUGUACAACGCAUUGCUGUAACUGAGAAAACCCAAGCUUGUGAAAAUCUGUUAUCUGAAAUCACUAACAGUAGUCAACUGGCUACAGAAAAGAAAGAGAUGGCCGUUACAAAAAGUAAAGAAAUUCAAGUUCAAUCAGUCGAAAUUCAACAAGAAAAAACUGAGGCUGAAACAGCAUUGGCUGAAGCAUUACCAAUCCUAGAACAAGCCCGUUUAGCCUUGGAUGAUUUAGAUAAAUCUGAUGUAACUGAAAUCAGAUCAUUUGCCAAACCACCAAAAGCUGUACAAGUAGUCUCUGAAUGUAUAUGCGUUUUUAAAGGUUUCAAAGAAAUUAGUUGGAAAACAGCUAAAGGAAUGAUGUCUGACACCAAUUUCCUUCAAUCGUUACAAACAAUGGAUGUUGACAAUAUAACAGCGAAACAGUCAUCAACCGUCAAAGACUAUUUGGAUAAAUCUAAGGUUACAAUGGAUGAAAUGAAAAGUGUUAGUAAAGCUGGUACAGGAUUGUUAAAAUUCGUUGUAGCUGUGCUUGGCUACAGUGAAGUUGCACGUGAUAUUAAGCCUAAACGAGAUAAAGUGGCUAAGUUAGAAAAAAACUUUAUGCAGGCUAAAAAGGAUUUAAAUCGAAUCAAUACAGAAUUAUCAAAUCUAGAAUCUGAAUUAAUCAGUCUUAAUCGUCGUUAUGAGGAGGCUAUGAGUGAAAGACUGAAGUUACAAGAAGAGACAGAUAUUAUGGAGCGUCGUUUAGUUGCUGCAGAUAAACUUAUCACUGGUUUAAGUUCGGAAGAAAUUAGAUGGCUUAAAGAUUUAGAAGUAUUAAAAGUUAAACGGGUUAAACUGCUUGGGGACUGCCUCAUCAGCGCUGCAUUUCUUAGUUACGUUGGAGCCUUUUCAUCAGAAUUUCGUACACGUAUGAUAUAUGAUGACUGGCAGACAUGGUUACAAGAAAAAGAGAUUCCAUUGAGUGAACAAUUUCGAUUAGAAGAUAUUCUUACAAAUGAUGUAGAAGUAUCGAAAUGGAAUUCUGAAGGUCUACCACCAGAUGAGCUUAGUAUACAAAAUGGUAUAUUAACUUCACAAUCUUCACGAUUCCCUUUAUGUAUUGAUCCACAGGAGCAAGCUCUUACUUGGAUUUGUCAUAAAGAAGAGACAAAUCAUCUAAAAAUUGCUACCUUCAAUGAUCCAGACUUUCUUAAACAGCUUGAAUUAGCUAUACGUUAUGGAAUUCCAUUUUUAUUCAAAGAUGUAGAUGAAUAUAUUGAUCCAGUGAUCAACAAUGUAUUGGAGAAAAAUAUUAAAGGUGACCAGAAUCGUGCCUAUGUUAUUCUUGGGGAUAAAGAAGUUGACUAUGAUCCUAAUUUUCGGCUUUAUCUUAAUACAAAACUAUCUAAUCCUCAGUAUGGUCCAGAUGUAUUUAGUAAAGCUACAGUUAUUAAUUAUACUGUCACUAUGAAAGGUUUGGAAGAUCAGUUAUUAAGUGUAAUUGUGAAAUCAGAACGAUGUGAACUGGAGGAACAACGUGAAUCCCUUAUUCGAGAAACAAGUCAAAAUAAAAAACUUCUCAAAGACCUCGAGGAUAGUCUUCUACGUGAAUUAGCUACAAGCACAGGAAAUAUGCUGGAUAAUGUUGAACUAGUCGACACUUUGGAAGAAACUAAAUUAAAGGCAAAAGAAGUGACUGAAAAACUAGAAUUAGGUGCUAAAACUGCAACUGAUAUUGAUAUACUGCGUGAUGGUUAUCGUCCAGCUGCUAAACGUGGUGCUAUUUUAUUCUUCGUCUUAUCAGAUAUGUCAUCAAUUAAUUCAAUGUAUCAAUAUUCACUAACUGCAUAUCUAGAUGUUUUUCAAAUAUCUUUGCAUAAAAGUAUGCCAGAUGUGUUAUUACAGAAACGUCUUCAAAACAUCAUUAAUAAACUUACAUAUAAUGUAUAUACAUAUGGAUGUACAGGUAUAUUUGAAAAACACAAACUUCUCUUCAGUUUUCAAAUAACUAGUAAACUUGAACUUAACUUGGGAAAUUUAACCACAGAACAGAUGGAUUUCUUUAUUAAAGGGAAUGUAUCUUUAGAGAAGACAAGAGAAGCGAACCCUUUACCUGAUUGGUUACCUGAUUCCGGUUGGAAAGAUCUUAGUCGGUUAAUUGAACUCUUUCCAGAACAAUUCGCUUCACUAAGGGAUGAUUUGGUGAGACUGAAUAAACAGUGGAAAAGUUGGUAUGAAUCUGAUAGUCCAGAAAGUUCAACAAUACCAGGAAGCUAUGAAGAACGAUUAGAUAAAUUUCAACGUCUUUGUUUACUUCGAUGUUUUAGAGUGGAUAGAAUUUAUCGUGCUAUUACAUUAUAUGUUGCAGAUAUUAUGGGUGAAGAUUUUGUUAGUCCACCAAUAUUAAGUUUUACAACAAUUUAUGAACAAAGUACGUCAAGAUCACCAAUUGUCUUUAUUCUCAGUCCAGGUUCAGAUCCAACAGCUGAUUUAAUGAAAUUUGCUGAAAGACAAAAUUUUGAUUCAAGUCGUAUUAAAUUUUUAUCUAUGGGUCAAGGUCAAGAGAAAAAUGCUGAAAGUCUUCUUGAAUCAUCUAUAUCACGAGGGAAUUGGUUAAUGUUACAAAAUUGUCACUUAUUAGUUAAAUGGUUACAAGUAUUAGAGAAAUAUUUAGAAAGAUUAUCGAAACCUCAUCCUGAUUUCCGUUUAUGGUUGACUACAGAACCGUGUGAUGCUUUUCCAAUUGGAAUUUUACAACGUUCAUUAAAAGUUGUCACAGAGCCACCAAAUGGCUUAAAAUUGAAUCUACGUGCAACAUAUCAUAAGAUAGCACCAUCAUCAUUAGCUGAAUGUACUCAUUCAGCCUUUCCUUCAUUAGUAUACACUUUAGCAUUUUUUCAUGCUGUUGUUCAAGAACGUCGUAAAUAUGGAAAAAUUGGAUGGAAUAUAGGUUAUGAUUUUAAUGAAUCCGAUUUUCGUGUUUGUAUGCAAAUAUUAGCUACAUACUUACAAAAAGCUGUUGAUGAAAAUGAAGUGAAAAUUCCAUGGAAUAGCCUAAAGUAUUUAAUCGGUGAAGUAAUGUAUGGUGGACGAGCAAUCGAUGAAUUUGACAGACGUAUUUUACGCACUUAUAUGGAUGAAUACUUUGGUGAUUUCAUUUUUGAUACUUUUCAACCAUUUCAUUUUUAUGCCUAUGAUAACUUCCAAUAUUCUAUACCAAGUGGAAAUACACGUGAUGAAUUCAGUCGUUAUAUCGAAUCACUUCCACUGACGAAUACACCUGAAGUGUUCGGUCUUCAUGCAAAUGCAGAAAUAGGUUAUUAUACAAAUGCUACUAAAGAGAUUUGGAGCCAUCUACUUGAAUUACAACCACAGACAAGUAGUCAGACAAAUUCAACAAAUCGUGAAGAAUUUAUAUCUCAAAUAACUGAAGGUUUGAUAAGUAGUCUUCCACAAGUAUUUGACAGAGAAGCUUUAAGAAAAAAACUAGGUGUGAAUAUACCGCCUAUUACAGUCGUACUAUUACAGGAACUGGAAAGAUUUAAUUUACUCAUUAAACGAAUGGAUCGGUCCCUCAAAACAUUGAAACGGGCCUUGAAUGGCGAAGUUGGUAUGUCGGCUGAGCUUGAUAAUGUUGCGCGUUCUCUGUAUAAUGGCCAGCUGCCAAAUAUAUGGCAGCGUUUAGCUCCAGCGACUAAAAAGUCUUUAGGUGACUGGAUGGCACACUUUCAUAAUCGUCAUAAACAAUACACCACUUGGAUUGAAAAUGGUGAUCUAGGUGUUAUUUGGCUAUCAGGUUUGCAUAUCCCUGAAUCAUUUCUUAUGGCUUUAACUCAAACAACAUGUCGUCGUAAUGGCUGGCCGUUAGAUAAAAGUGCACUGUUUACAACAAUAACGCAGUAUACAGAUUCAUCUGAAGUACAAGAACGAGCACAUCAAGGAUGUUUUAUUCAAGGAUUGUAUUUAGAAGGAGCGAGUUGGGACUUGACGAAAGGCUGUUUGAAACGUCAAAAAUCAAGACAGCUAGUUCAACCUAUGCCCAUACUCCGUGUUAGUGCCAUUGAAGCACAUCGUUUAAAAUUACAAAACACAUUUUGUACACCGGUUUACGUUACUUCAGACAGGCGAAAUGCAAUGGGAGUUGGAUUAGUUUUCGAAGCUUAUCUUAAAACUGAAGUUCACCCUAGUCAUUGGGUACUGCAAGGUGUAUGCCUCACUUUAAAUACUGACUAGUGAAUAUUUUUUCUAAGUGCUCCUUUUUCAAUAGGAUAUCCAAUUAACCCAAUGGCGCUUUUUGCAUAUGUUUUCAGUUUUGAUAAGCAACUAAUUUCUACGGUUACUUUGGUUAAAAAUGUACUUAGUUAUUAAAUAAUUUGUGUUGU